AUGUGGGAUCUUCUUUCCACUGCUGUUUUUUCUGGAGCUAUAUCAGUUGCUUCAUUUUGUUUAGCAAUUUACACCUAUAUUUCUGAUCUGCCUGUAUUAGAAACAGUAGAAGAAAUAACGGACAUCCUGAUGAACAAUGAGGUGAAAACUAUCAAUAUUAGCAAGUAUCACAGAACUGCAACUGCAAGAUUUUUAAAUUCGAAUGGACAGGUUCAACGCUAUCAGAUAAAGAACAUGAAUGUCUUUCUACGAAAUCUUCAGACAGUAUAUGAAAAAUUGAAUAUUCAUCCUUCAGAACGUUUGCAGCCAAUAAUGUCUGACAUGAGAUUUGUUGACGUUGGAUUUCUAAUGAGUGGUGUAUUAAUGAUAUAUUCAUUAACAAGGAGAAAAGGACCUGUUGUCUUACCAAUUCAACGUAGAAAUAUUUCAAAAAUGUCUUCUGAUGCCAAUCAAGGUAGAGACAUACCAAAACAAGCCAAGGAAACACCACAUGAACCUAAACAAGCCAAGGAAACACCGCGUGAACCAAAGAGGGAAAGCAAAUCUAUGAUGGAAAUGUUCCUGGGAGAUCGGGCAAAUGCUGGCUACAUUCGGGGAGACAUUUUGUCUAAACAGGGAAAUGGCGUGACCUUUAAAGAAGUGGCUGGAUUAAGGGAGGCCAAGUGUGAAGUAAUGGAGUUUGUUGACUACCUGAAAAGUUCGGAGACUGUGACGAAACUUGGAGGGAAACAUCCUAGGGGCGUUCUGCUGCUUGGACCCCCGGGAUGUGGAAAGACACUACUGGCUAAAGCUGUGGCUACUGAAGCAGGAGUCCCCUUCUUUGCUUUGGCAGGCUCACAAUUUGUGGAAAUGUUUGGAGGACUUGGUGCCUCCAGAAUGAGAAAUCUUUUCAAAGAUGCACGUCAACAAUCUCCUUGUAUUAUCUAUAUUGAUGAAAUAGACGCCAUAGGUAAAAAAAGAAAUGGAUCUGAGCAUGGCUCUGAAGAAGAACAUACACUUAACCAGCUCUUAGUGGAACUUGAUGGUAUGGAGACAACAGAGGGUAUUAUCAUGAUUGCCUCCACUAACCGCUCAGAUGUUCUAGACAAGGCUUUGCUGAGACCAGGACGGUUUGACAGACAGAUACAAAUUGACUUUCCUACUGUUGAGGAGAGAGAGGAAAUUUUCCAUGUUUAUAUGAAGAAGUUAAAGUUGUUGGUGGAUUACAAGGAGGUUGCCCCUCGCCUGGCCCAAUUAACUACAGGCAUGAGUGGAGCGGACAUUGCCAAUAUUUGUAAUGAAGCUGCUCUCCAUGCUGCUCGACAUGCUAAUGAUGGCAUAACUAUGGGAGAUUUCUACUUUGCUAUUGAGAGAAUUGUUGCAGGUGCUGAGAAAAAGAGAAGUGUGAUCACCAAGGAGGACCGGAAGGUCGUGGCUUACCAUGAAGCUGGCCAUGCAUUAGUUGGCUGGCUCCUUAAGCAUACAGAUGCUUUACUCCAGGUUUCCAUUGUACCUAGGACAAACAAUGCCCUUGGAUUUGCACAGUUGGCCCCACAGGAAAACUACCUCUACUCCAACCAACAGCUGUUUGACAGAAUGUGUAUGAUGCUUGGUGGACGGGCUGCAGAAAACAUCACCUUCAACCACGUUACCUCAGGUGCCCAGGAUGACCUUCAGAAGGUCACAAAGCAAGCGUAUACACAGAUUCGUAGCUGGGGUAUGAACGACAGAGUUGGAUGUGUGUCAUAUGAUUACUCAGAAGAAACGCCUUUGUUGCCAUACAGCAAAUCUCUAGCUAAUGUUAUGGAUGAAGAGGUUAACAGGCUGGUGGCAAAGGCAUAUAUGGCAACACAAAAUCUGCUUUUAGAAAACAAAGUGACACUUGACUUGUUGGCUAACACUCUCUUGGAGAAGGAGUCCCUAACAUAUGACCAAGUUCGUGAACUAAUUGGGCCACCCCCUCACGGAGACAAAAUCAAAUUAGAAACAAUGAAGAUCAUGUCUGAUGCAGCACAACAAGCAAGAUCACAAUCAAAACCCACAGAGCAAUAAAUCAGCAUUGUGCUUUAUUUAAGUCGAAAUCUGUAUUGUAACAAAGGAUCGGUUUCAAAAAUAAAUCUCAUAGUCAACAGAGGCCUGGACUUUAGAUCUACAUAAAGGACAAAAUGGAAAAGUGUGUCAUGGAAUUGGUUUUUUUUUUUGUAAGCCUUGUAUUAGAGUAAAUAACAGAGAAAGUCUGCAUCUUUUCCUGGGAGCAAAAGUUUUGUUUUAGAUUGAACCCACUAACAAGACUCAUGUGCUUCAUGUACACACAGAAUUGUACAUGUGGAAAGCUUUGACAACACUAAACAGAGCAUUGUUCAAGUAUUAUCAUGGAAAAUGUUUUGAUUUAUUAAGUGUUUUGAUCAUUUGUUAUCAAAGUGGUUAUGAGUGUAGUAUGUUUGUUGUCUAGCCUUUCCUGUUUUAUCCGCUGACAACAUGUAUAAGUUUGUGUCAUUAGACUUUGUGUUAUAUAUCAAUACAGCAAAAUAUUUUUGUUGGAAACAUUGUAGUUUUAUGGACAAUAAAAUCCAACAGUUCCUUUAAUUAAGAAAUAUGGUUUAGAGCCCUUGAGCACUUCCAAAUUAUGUUUGGCUGAGAGCCUUUUAGCACUUACCAAUCAGCCGAGAACCUUGAGUUCAUAUGAAUUGAGUAUUUCCAAAUCAUACUGAAUGGAGAGCCUUUUUAUUCAUAAUCUGUCAAGAGUACUUGAGCACUUACGAAUGAUGAUUGAUCUAAAGCAUUUCAGCCCUUGACUGUACAAAUUCUGACUGACCAUGUAUGACUAAUGAAUCAUGAUAGGUAAUACAUUCAUGAGAAUUGGAUACCUGUGCUAAAAUUGAUUUUGACAGAAAUGGAAAAAUUGAUGAAUAUUAAUAGAUCACAAACUCCUCUUAUGCCUCACAAUGAAUACCCUUUUUAAUAGUUUGAAAACAAAAUGUUAUUGAAACAGUGAGAUUUAAUGAAAGAAAAUGUACAAAAUAUUUUUGUUAGAAAAUUACUUCAAACAAAAUUUGAGGAACACAAACUACAAUCUCUUCAUGGUCUUAAACAUUUACUGUGUGAUAUAUACAUAUAUAUUUGUUUUAUUUCUUGUCCUUUUUAAUUCAACAAUGUGCUCCUAAUCAUUAGAUACAACUGAGGUUAUUGGUUUGUGUGACCUUGUCAUGGAUUGUGUUCCUUACAGCCACAGAAUUACAUACAUGUAGAUAAAGUGUACCUCACAAUAUGAAGAGCUCCUUAAAAGGGAGAUAAACAGCAGAGUGCGGGAUGGUCUGUCAAUCAUUGAAAUUCUUUAUGACAUACUACAGGUACAGAUAUUUGACAGACAUAUUUUAUGGGUAAACAAGAUGUGUGCAGAAGAAUUGAUAUUAUUGAAAACAAAAUUUCUAAGCUAUCACUUCAAAUUAAUAAAUAGUGUGUAAAAUUUUAACAUUGGUUUGUUUUCCUGCACAAUGGAGUUGAAAUGAAUUGUGAAAAUUUAUUAUGUAAAUAAAUUUGUAAAUACUUUU